GCAGUCGCGAAACAAACGCUGCAGGCGAACCAAUCCGCUCUAAUACCAGAUACAAUAUUUAAAAAAAGAUAUUGAAACAGUCAGUUAGAUCCGCAGAAAUCAAUUGAGUUUGUUUACAGAUUUACAAAGUUCAAGGAUCAAUUCAGAGAUUUCAUUACAAAUUCGUAGAACCGAUCGAAAAAUCGUGGAAAAGAAGAGAUUGGUGAGACGGCUUAAAGAUUUGUGAGACUAGAGUUGAUCGAAGAUCAGAGAUAUUUGUUAAAAACCGAAGCUAAGAUACCCAAUCAGAGAUUUGUUAAGGGAACUCUGUUCUUUGAUUCGAUCAGUGAUCAUCCGUCAUCGAUACCUGUUACCCGUGUGAUCACUGUUCAGAGUCUACGAUACUUUUUUUUUGAGUGACAAUAUACACUGAGUGUUAGAUCGAUAUGAUUUGCCCGAAACGCACCUCGGAACUGCUGGACCUUCAUCUGGCCCCGUUCAAGGACAAGGAUCCUGCCUGGGAGAUCGGCGUCUCAAGGAUUGCCGGACGCGGCGUGAUGGCCACUCGAAGCCUUAAGCGUGGCGAGAUUAUCUUCAAGGACAGCCCGCUCCUGAUUGGGUUGGCUGCCAACGAGGAGGAUGCCUUGAACAGCUGCAGUGUGUGCUUGGUGGUCCUACCGGACACGAAGUUCAUGUGCCGCCAAGGAUGCGGCUUGCCGGUGUGCAGUCUGUGCUCCAAGAAGAAGCAGCAUAAGGUCGAUUGCGACAUGUUCAAGUCGUGGGGCCCCAACGAACCAGAUGUCGCCAACUCGGUGAUCAUCCGGCUGUUGUGCGUCGCUCGAGCCAUCAAUCUGACCAAGGAGCAGCGCGACCUCAUCUAUUGCCUGCAGGCCAAUCUGGACAACAAUCAUCGCACGGAGGUGCGGAAUGCGGCCAAGUGCUUCAAGCGCUUCCCCACCGACAAGAAGAUCAUCGAGAUCAUGAACCGCACCGUGGCUGUCCUCCGAACGAAUGGGUUCGACAAGACCUACGACCGGAGCAACGACAACCAGGAGUUCAACUACCGGGCCCUCUAUCCGCUCUUCGGGGUCGUGAACCACGACUGCAUUCCCAACGCCUACUACACCUUCGAGGAGAAGACCAACAACAUGAUCGUUCGAGCCGCCGUUGACAUCCCGGAGGGAUUCGAGAUCACCACCACCUACACCAAGCUCUUCACCGGCAACAUUGCGCGCCAUCUCUUCCUCAAAAUGAAGAAGGGCUUCACUUGCAAGUGCCCGCGCUGCUCCGAUCCAACGGAGAAAGGCGCCUACAUCUCGGGCCUAUACUGCCGUGAUACGAACUGCACUGGUCUGGUGGUGCCGGAGAUCACCGGUUUACCGCAUCCCAACUACAAUUGUCUGGAGUGCAAACAGAAGUCGACGCAUGCGCAGAUGAUGAAGUCGCAGGACUUCGCCUGCGGAGCUAUCAACGCCAAGGCCAACUCGAACUCCUUGCGGACACUGGUGCAGUAUCUGAACGAGAAGAGUGAUGCCUUCAUCCCGAGCAGUAACUACGUGGUGAUCGAGGCCAAGUUCGGAGUACUGCAGCGCCUGCAGCAGGGCCGCGAGGACUGCUCCGAGGAGCUGGCUUCGAACACACGCCUGCGCUACAGCCGGGACAUCACCCAGGUCAUGGACAAGCUGGGACUGGGCGAUAGCCUGCUGCGCACCCAGCUGGUGGAGACGCUGAAGCGCGAGGAGGAGCGCCGGGCCAAGCGGCUGGCGGAGGAGGCGGAGAAGCAGCGCAAAAUGGCAGAGCUCCAGGCCAAGGCCGCCGAGGCUGACAAGAUCCUGGCCGCCUUUGAAGCAGAACAGGCGGCCGAAGCAGCCGCCGCGGCCGCAUCCUUGCCAGCAACGGAUCCUUCUCCGUUGCCGCCGGCUGCCACCGAGCUGGCUUAGGGAGCAGCUGCUUCAUCCCGGAAUUCAAUAUGCCGUAUUGAGUCCUAUUUUUCAAGACGAAUUAACCAGCUGAGUUGUCCAAUAUUUUGUAAUUCUUCAUUAUUAUCAAGUAGAAGAUGAAAACUUGGCUCACAACGUAAAGAAAAAUAUAUUAAAUUUUCUUUUAUUUAUAUUUUUAUUUAAAAACGACUUUUCCUAAUUUUAAAAACCAAAAAGAAAGCAACGAGAUAUAUGCAACUAUUAUGAAUAUGGAAUAUUAACUAAGACAUGGCCAACACAGCUGGGGAAUCAGGUCCUGAAUAUGUGACUCAGACACGAGCACUCCCAAUCCCCCGUACAGUACCCCCUGGUCACCUAGUUCUGUGUUGUGUGUACUAAAUUAAAUAAUUGUAUCUGU